AUGGCCUCCGAAACAACAUCGCGUCCAGUGUCGCCGACACCGUCACAACUACCGCCCGUUCCGGGAUCGCCAGUCUAUUCUCUUGCAUCGACCGCAAAUCCGUUAUCUCAGUAUAAUCUGCCUUUGCCGCCACCCCCACGAUCUUCACAUGCUGUCCUCACAAAAGCCGACCUGGAGCUCUCUCAGCAAGCUUACUCCGAUCUUGUCGCCUCCGCAAAAGGCUACCGACUAGCACUCGCCGCAUUAUCAACAGCUGCAUCGACAUUUGGAUCAGCACUUGAAGCAUGCGCCAGGUUAAAGGAAGCUCGCGCCGAGCCCAUCGGUCCCUCUGGGACUAAUAUGACAGCAAGCUUUACAACCAAGGGUUCCUGCACAGCCGAUACGCUUUUGUCCGCCUCUGGAGUACACUACCUUGUUGCAAACCACCAACAGAUCCUUUCUGAGACAGUAUACCGAUCCUUCGAAGUACCACUGCUCCACGACCUGGACAAGUGGCAGACCGUUAUUGACGAUGAAGAGGAGACGUAUAAACAAAAGAUCAAGGCACAAAGCAAAGAAAUCAAACGACUGGAGAAAGAAGGGAUGAAACUGCAUAAACAGCGGAGACGAGACGUUGGUCGAUUUAGGGCACAUUUAGUUGAAUUGACGACAAAAUUGGACGGUUUAACGACGUUACAUGCCGACCAUGCACGGACGUUAUUGAGGGAGAGUCAGGAGACAAGUGGAAGGAUUGUCGAAGCAAGUUGCAGUCUUGUACGUGCAGAGGUAGACAUAUUCGAAGGUCUAGCGAGGAAAGGCUGGAGUGGAGGCGGUCUGGACGAUCUUCUUGAAAAGGGUCAAGACCUAUUUGCAACGGAGGAAGACAUUGCAAACCUGGGCAGUGGCGGUAGCGGCGACACACCCAAGCUCUUCUCUAUCCUCCCUCCUAAGAGCAUACUCGCCGACACAGGAUCAGAUCCAUCCCGGAGUCACGCUAGAGGGGACAGUCUUCUCAUGGAAACGGAACGAUAUCAAUCUCUAGCAGCACUGGCAUCUGACUCUAGACCCAGCGGCGGCGUUAUGAAUGACAGCGACAGCGUCUUCUCAACAGACUUCAACAAACCCCGCAAUGCAAGGCCGUUUUCACCACAGCCUAUUCGUCGGAUUCCAACAGAUGUGACAUAUGAUUCUCUAGGGGGUCGAGCAGAAGGGCUUGAAAACGGAGAUGACGAUUUGAACAGGUCGGAGCUACUGAUGCCUGUCGUGGAAGCUGAUGCAGGAGCGGAAGAGCAGCAGAACGGGGAUGGCGAGCAUGAAAAAGAGAAUGUGCAAGAGGAGGAAACGAGGGGUCGGUCAGGAUCACCAAGUUCGGUGAGAAAAAGGGCGAAUUCGCAGCCACUCAUCACAGACGCUAGCUCAGCAGCUGCAUGGAGCGGUGAUGAAGAUAGAAGUCCAAGCUGA